CAAGCAACCGAGCAAGUCGAACACAUUGACAACAACAAAUAAAUAACGAAAAGGGAAAGCGAUUGCAGCAAACAAUUGAACUGUCGAUGCGCCACUAAUGGGUUACAAAAACAAUUUUCCGCAGGUGAUGCGAGAGGCGGGCUUCAAGCUACGUCAGUUUCGAGAUGGACCACUGGACUGGCGUCUGAUGGGUUCAUAUGAGACGGAACGAAUUUUACGUGAGCAAAACUUGGAGGUCGUGGACGAUGCACUACAGCAUUUGUCCGAAGCGCCGCUGGGCACAAUGCUUGAGACACACAUACUCGAUGGCGGCAUUGCCAAGUACUUUGUCAUGUCACAAUAUGCGAUCCAGUAUCUGCUCUGCUGUCGCACAUACCUCGACGAGAGCGUGGGCGAACUGCGUGAGGCACACGAAGUAUCGCAGCAGGAGAUUACGAAGCUGCGCAACUUGCUUAGCGAAUCGAACAAUGAGGUGGUGCAGCUGCACAAGAAGAUCACGCAAAUCGAGGCCAUACGCGAGGUGGUCUACCCGUGUCAUCUCUGCACCAAAAAUUUCAUCAGCAACGAGGCUCUGAACGUACAUAUCGGACGCAAGCAUCGAGUGGGUACACCCUCCUCCAAUUUAGCUGGAUCGACUGUGCGCGAAAAGGACAAUGAUAUGCAGCUGAUUAACACAAUCAAAAUGGAGCUGGAGAUCAAGCAGUUGAAGGAGCGUCUCAAUGCAGCCGAGCGCAAUAUUAAGGAGCGCAGUGGCAGCUCCAAGCUACAGCCUCAGGAUCAGGUGAUAACAGCGAUGCCUAUGCGCCAUGUGGGCAUACAAAGCAAUUUGGCCGACUACAAGGAAAAGGACGAACUUAGCAGCGAGGCCGCCGAAAGUGAGGCUAGCGAACGUAAGGAGCAACUCCAUGGCCUGGCCGAACGGCUGAGCAGCUUUGAAGCUUGGCAGGCACAGCUCAAGCAGAGCAAUGAGGAUUUUAUCAAGGGCAUAAACCAGAAGCUGGAAGACCUAACCAUAGCUCUGGAGCAAACCAAACAACACGCAGAGACCAAAGCUGCUACGCCGGCAACCGCCGAAGACCGCGUGGCCACUCCUUGUCUUGAGGACUUAGAACGAAUACUCACCGAAAAAGUGGCAGAAAUUGGAAAGGUCAGCGCCAAUAAGCUGGAGGAGGUAGUGCAACAACUAGAAGUGGGCUACAAGGAAAAACUAGAAGCGCUGGAAAGAGAUCUGAAACGGCUCAGUGUGCGUAAACUGCCCACUACGGAGGUGCAGCAAGCCGCAACCACAUCCAAGAUACCAAAACCAGUUCCCAAAAAGGAGGAAAACAUGGAGCGCAUUAAGCGCUUGGUGGAAACCGAGUUCCUGAAAGCCAAACGCGAUGAUGACACCUACUCCAUAGAAGAGCCAGCCCCACAGCCGGAACAACAAAAACAAAAGCAUGUGGUGACCCAUGUGCAAGAGCUGCCAAGUGCCAACAGCUCGGGUAGUCAUCCAACUUACACAAAGCCAGAGCCAGAGCCUAUCAAAGACGAACCGAAGCCCACAACAGCCGAAAGCCAGCCAGAACAGCUGGAAACCACGGAUAUUAGCGAAAGCCUCAGCGGAGAAGAGAGCAUCAGCGAUGAGGGCAGUGAAGUCCUGACCUCCGAGCCGGAGCGACAAAUAUUUAUGUCGCCAAAUAUCAAACCCACUCAAAAGGCUAAACUUCCACCAAAACCACUGACGCGUAAGGAUGCCAGCAAGUUGAUUAACCAAAAGCUGACUCCGCAUGGCUUUAAUAUGAAGUCCAAGACCAUAUCCAACACAUCCGCCAAACGUGUCAGCGCUGAGCUGGCGCAGCAAAGGGCCAGGCUGAAAUUGGACUAUCCACAUUUCUAUACAACGCGCAAUCGCAUACGCAAAUUUGUGGACAAACUUUGCUCAGCCAAGAUGCCAGAACGGGCUCAGAUUUUGUUGAAGAAUAAGACGCCAUUGCAGCCAAUUGAGGCGCCCAAACGCAGAAGCGUCUUGUUAACAACCACGGACGAUGAUGACGAGUUUCAUGAAGCUAGUGAAGUGACAUCGGCUUCACAGGAGGCGGAAGAUAAGGAGUUAGAUGAUGCAUCAACAAGUUCCAAGCCGCAACAGCAAAAUUUCAAAGCGCAAUUGGAGCAAUUGCUGAGCAAGCCGGCAGCUAGAGUAAUUUCCAAGCCGAAGAUGAUACAGAUACAACAAGCAAGACCUGUGCCGCUGCCGCGUAAGCGUGUUAUGUUUAAUACAGAGGGUAGCAGAAGAAGUACUGAAGACAACUCCGAAUAAAUUAAAUACAAAGAAUAUUAAA